AUGAACUCACUCAGGCCAGGGCGGUCAUCAGCGAGGAGGAGGUGCAGAUUAAGAAGUAUCUGAACGAGGUCUGCCCUCUUGGGAAUAAGAACUCUGAUCAGAUUAUACACAACCUAGACCUAAAAGUGAUAGAACAAAGGAAAAUGCUUGACCUAUUGAAGUAUGAGAAGAAAAGCAAGAAGAACAAACUGUGCGAGUUGGAAAAGGUGUACGAACAUCUUCUGAUAGAGAGCACUAAAAGUGAACUUGUCAAAUCCAAAUCUUCGACGAGAGCUAGAAAACACGCAUCGCAUUUAGAAAACGAAAUUCACAAAGUUCUGAUACAAUGGACAGAGGCGGAGCUGGUGAAGAAGAAAUACCUUACAAUAAGACAGGCACUGGUCGACGACUCGGUCAAGUUCGAAAGCUCAUUAUCGAGAAUUGAAGAUAUGCUGAACAAACAAAGGGAAGAAAUUAUGAAAUUAGAAAACGUCCGCGAAGAAGCAGCAGAGAUGCGCAUUCGAGCAACCGCAGCGACCGCGGCGGAGGCGGCGCGGGCGCACGACGCGGAACACAAUCGCGCUUCGGAACGCGUCUACUUCGCGCAGCGCUUCGCUGAGCGGAAGCGCGAGCUAGAGAAGCUGGAGAAGCGCAUCUUUCCGCCUCAGGAGCACAACAGCGCUUCGGAACGCGUCUACUUCGCGCAGCGCUUCGCUGAGCGGAAGCGCGAGCUGGAGAAGCGCAUCUUUCCGCCUCAGGCACGUCAAGUGGUGCGCCAGGACUCCACCAGGUCCACGGAGGGAGAGGCCGUCACUGAGGAGUCUUCAGCCGCUGCACAGAUGGAGGAGAUCUUCCAACGGCUCAUGAAACUUACAGGAGUCACAGACACAGACGAAGUGUUCGACCGUUUCCGCGCCCAGCGAGAGACCUCCAAGCGUCUAAACUACCUCCAGCAGACGACAGAGGAAGAAAAGCUGGAGUUGGAAUCCAGCCAGACUGCACUAAUGGCUGAACUGGAGGCGUUUAAAUUCGCCUCGGUUAAAGAUAAGGAUGAAGGUCAAGACCAAAUCAAUGAGCUGAAAGAAGAAAUACGAAAAGAAGAAGAAACACAAGCAGAGCUGGAGGAUAAGCUUGAGGAACUUACUACUGUGCUUCUGGACAUCAAGCGACUACUGUAUGAUCUGUGUAAAAUGUUAGAUGUAAUCCCAGAGCCGACGAUGCCCGAAUGGACGGCGGAGGCGCGCGACGUGCAGGAGCUGGUACAAGUGCUGACGCAGCGGUAUGACAAGGCGUGCGCGCGCGCAGACGAGAUACGGAUCAAGCACGGCGAGACCACGCUCAUCGCUGUGCCUUCUAACCCAACAAGCCGUCCAUCAUCAGUGGCUGGAGUCAGCGUCAGCCACAGUACCCCCAAGGAGACAGAGAAAGCUGUUCCAACUUACAAGGAGCUGGUGCAGAAGGAACCUGUCAGAGGGCCUGCCUCGGACGAAGAGGAAGACAUUCCGUCACGUUGCUACCUGAAGAGGCAAGCGCAGCUCAUCAUCGACACCAAGUGCAGAAGGAAGGGCUUCAGGGGCUUCCCAAGGAAAUAAGAAUUUAGACCAAAAUGUGUUCAACACUGCCCAGCGCCGCAACCCCCACUUACUAGAA